GUCAGUGGCCGAUAAACCCAACAAAGAAAGAAAGGAAGGUCGCGACUUCAGUGUGCUGGAGAGCAGACGUAUUUAAGUUUAUUUAGGCACAGUUAGCUCUCAAAGAAAUGGAAAGUUUCGGCUGAAUCUUCUAAUGAAAUGAACUAAGGUGUAACAGAAGCGGUGUCGUCAGAAACCGAGGAAGUUCACACCACAUGUACACCUCCCAGUGUAUUAAUUUUCACUACAGCCUUCGUCGGGUGUGGACGUCUUUCGCCUGAGUUUCAGUGGCAAAUUUCCACCGUUCUCUCUGGGACGCUUGUCCUCAUCUAUUUUGAGAUAUGCCUGAUUACUGCCACAGCCUGAUUACUGCCACAGCCUGAUUACCACCACAGCCUGAUUACCACCACAGCCUGAUUACCACCACAGCCUGAUUACCACCACAGCCUGAUUACCAGUCAUGAAUCUGCUAGUCAUUGUCAUCCUGGAUGUGUACUAGACUAAUUAAUUGAUGGCUUCUGAAAACAUUCCCUCUCGCCUAGAGAGAGUUAUUGAGUGCAAGCAGGGUGCUGUCAGAGCUGUCAGAUUUAAUGUGGAUGGUGCAUACUGCUUAACAUGUGGAUCAGACAAAUCAGUAAAACUGUGGAAUCCCCACAAAGGCAUACUUCUUCACACUUAUUCAGGACAUGGCUAUGAAGUUUUGGAUGCUCGAGGAUCAAGUGAUAAUUCGCUCAUUGGCUCUUGUGGUUUAGACAAAUCUGUAAUGAUGUGGAAUGUCAGUACUGGAGAAGCACUGAGAAAGUUUCGAGGCCAUGCUGCAAGAGUUAAUUGUGUGGCAUUUAAUGAAGAGUCUACUGUAAUAUUGUCAGGUUCUGUUGAUACUACUGUCAGAAUAUGGGAUCUUCGCAGCCGCAAAAAUGAACCCAUUCAGGUUUUAGAUGAAGCAAAAGAUGCUAUAAUGACAGUUGCAGUUUCCGCCCAUGAGAUACUCACUGCAUCCCUAGAUUGUUACACCAGAAUAUACGACUUACGUAAUGGACAACUGGUGUCAAACUGUAUUGGAGAAAGUGUGACAUGUGCAUCAUUUAGUGGUGAUGGUCAGUGUGUUCUCACAUCUACUAUGGGUUCCUCGAUACAUCUUAUGGAUCGAGAAACUGGGGAACUCCUCUCUCAGUAUACUGGCCAUGCAUGUAAAGAAUACAAGGUGGAGAGUUGUUUUACAUCAUCAGACACUCAUGUGAUGUCAGGCUCUGAGGAUGGUUAUGUCUACUGCUGGGAUCUUGUAAAAACUACACUUACUAACAGACUGGAGCACACUGGUAGCCAAGUGGUGCACUCACUGUCCUCCCACCCAUCACAACCCUACCUCCUGACUGCUUCCCUUGGCCAGAUGUGGCUGUGGUCUGCUCAGUCACAGGACAAAGAAAGUAUUUAAACUUUUAUCAACAGUUCAAAUCUCUUAUCAAGAUUAUUUUUUUAAGGUAAAUGUUGUCUUUGCUUCCAUUAUGAAUUUUAGUUUUAAUGUAUAAAAUAUAAAAUAACAAGAAU